AGUUAAACUAGGGAGAGAUAAUUUCCUCCUUGCAAAAGCUAAAGGAUUUAUAAAUUGCCUUGAGUGAAGUUAGUACCUUGGAGAAAAGGGAAAGAAACACUGCCCAUUGCCCAAAAGCCAAAAAAGUCUCAUAUUUUCUGAGCCUUAUUAGUGGGGUUUUUUAAUGCAAACGCAAUAUCAGUCCUCUGCUAAGUUUCAGGACAUUUUAAGCAGCAAAAUGAUCAGUUUUUAUUAGUAGCUCCUGGAAGUCCCAGUACUCUUGAAAAUGCAAUAAGACAAGUUUAGUCUUGGAGUCCAAUCACGGGUCUCUGCGUAAAAACAUUUCUUCUCUGCCCCUCUCUCUCUACAAUUGUUUACCUACUCCGUCUUCCUCAGAACCCUUUUCUUGGUCUUCCCCGUAAUAUUCUUUUAGAGACUAAACUGUGAUGGGAUUUCAAGGCAGCGCAGAAAGUAAAAUGUUGGGAUUGAGAGUGACAUCAUCAAGGCACAAGCGAUCAAAGAGCUUUCCUGGAAAGAAAAGAGUUGAGGAAGAUAGCUUGGAUAAUUCUCCUGAAGCAUCAAAUCGUAUAAAGCUGGAUAUGGAGCACCUGAAGGACUCUGUUAAAACUCAGAAGAAACAAUCUCCCGCUCCCAGCACCGAGGUCCAAAAGUCUUUGAAGCAAGAGAUUUUACAGCUUGAGAAAAGGUUACAAGAUCAAUUUGAGGUUCGCCGUGCAUUGGAAACAGCAUUGGGUUAUAGAACUUCUUCCCAUGAAGACAGAAAUGAAACAUCAGUGUCCGUAACUAAGCCAGCUGCCGAGCUAAUCAAGGAAAUUGCCUUGUUGGAAUUGGAAGUUGUAUAUUUGGAACAGUACCUUCUCUCGUUGUAUAGGGAAGCCUUUGAUCAACAAGUGUCUUCUACAUCGCUGUCUAAAAGGUGUGAAAGGAUUAAAACACCAACAGAUUCACCAAGAGGGAGAUUUCCGAAAGUUUCCAAACCUGAUGAUGCAUCAAAAGUUGAAAAUUCAGCUCUACGGUCUGGUUACCUUGACAAUUCAUGCAAAGCGCCUUGUGGCUUUGGAGAAGAAAAACUAUCAGAUUCUGGUGUUCACCGAUGUCAUUCCUCACUAUGUCAACAUUCAGUAUAUUCAAGUAGAGUCGUACCUCCAGAAGAGAACUUGGCUAAAGCCAUACGGACCUGUCAUUCACAACCUUUGUCCAUGAUGGAGUAUGAGCAGAACACAUCGAAUGUAAUCAGUCUGGCUGAACAUCUUGGCACUCGCAUUUCUGACCAUGUUCCAGAGACCCCAAACAAGCUUUCUGAGGAUAUGAUCAAGUACAUGGCUGCUAUAUAUUGCAAGCUUGCAGAGCCACCGAUCCAAAACAGAUUAUCAUCUCCCAAUUCAUCCACAUCAUCAGUCAAUGCCUUUUCCCCACCGGAACAGCAUGACAUGUGGAGUCCGGGGUUCGGAAAUAAUUCCUCUUUUGAUGUACGAUUAGAUAACCCUUUCCAUGUGGAAGGACUUAAAGAGUUUAGUGGACCAUAUAGCACUAUGGUUGAAGUGUCACGGAUUUUCAGAGAUAGUCAGAAACUAAGUGAUGUUGAACACUUGCUACAAAACUUCAGGUCACUUAUCUGUCGACUGGAAGAAAUUGAUCCUAGGAAGUUGAAACAUGAAGAGAAGCUGGCUUUUUGGAUAAACAUACACAAUUCAUUAGUGAUGCAUGCUUUUCUGGCUUAUGGUGUCCCACAAAACAAUGUGAAGAGACUCUUUCUACUGUUGAGGGCUGCAUAUAACAUCGGGGGUCACACCAUCAGUGCAGAUACAAUACAGAGUACCAUCCUUGGAUGUCGUAUAUCUCGUCCUGGACAGUGGAUUCGGCUAUUACUCUCUUCAAGGACAAAGUUUAAAUCUGGAGAUGAAAGGCAGGCAUAUGCAGUUGAACAUCCGGAACCUCUUUUACACUUUGCCCUUAGCACGGGAAAUCAUUCUGAUCCUGCGAUACGUGCCUACACACCAAAGGGAGUAUUUCAGGAGCUGGAAACUGCAAAAGAAGAGUACAUCCGUGCCACAUUUGGUGUCCGCAAAGACCAGAAAAUUCUGUUACCUAAAAUUGUAGAGUCGUUUGCAAAGGAUUCUAGGUUGUGUCCGGCUGGUGUCACCGAAAUGAUCCAGCAAUCUUUACCCGAAUCACUUCGUAGGAGCUUUAAAAAAUGUCAACUAGGAAAACCACGCAAGAGCAUAGCAUGGAUUCCUCAAAAUUUUACCUUUAGGUAUCUAAUAUCCAAAGAACUACUAAGAUGAGUUGCCUGUAUGCAGGUGUUUCGGCAUGAUGCAGUUUCCAAGUAUUUCCAUUUUGGAAGAUUUCAGAUUUUUGCUUGUACAAAGUUGAA